UUGUGAAAGGACUUCAAGAUGACGUUUGUUUAAUAAACAUAACCUCAAAAUGUCCCUUUAAAAAUUGUUUGCAAAUAAAUAAUGUGUCAUGCGGCCACAAAAAUUUAUAUUACCAUGCGGUGUGGAGAGUUUUGUAAAUCCAGACAAAAAAGUAAUGAUUGUUGCUGUCUUUGGAAAAUCUCAAUAUCGAGCAAAAGGAUGCAAAACAGGAAUGUUAAGUUCCGUUCUCCAGAUGGAUCUUUUGGAUGAACCAACUGUUGAUGAAUCUUCAUUGUGUCAAAUAGAAGGUUAUCAUGAUGAGAAGGAAAAAACUAUUUAUUUACAUCUUAGAGGAUUAUUAGAUACGUCAACAUUAAUUCACGAGUUUGAUAAAUUUAUUGAGACACAGGAACGUAAAGAUUUCCUCAGUGCUUGGGCACAUAUGAGAGAUAAAUAUGCAAGAGGUUUACUGGUACUCUUUCAUUUAUCUCAUGUUUUGGUUCUAAGUCAUCCGACACCUAUUUUUGACACUAGUUACAUUCAUUUAUUUAGAGCACUAGAUAUAAUCAGACAAAAAAUAUCAAUACCACUGUCGGAUAUUUUAAAUACCAUUCCUGGUUUAUCGAAAGAUUGGAUUGCCAAUGUGAGGCCUUGCUCACCACGUGUUUUAUUUUAUUUUGAGACAUGUCCAAGUGUUUUUCGCGAACCUGAUAGUGGAGCGAAUAUUAAAGAAAUGGAGCAUGCAUUGGAGGAUCAAAUUUAUUUAAUUUUGAGAAAAAAUCGCAUUGUCACAAAUAUCAGUUCAAAUUCAUUGUUUGCAAUUCCGGCAAAUCAGGAAUUUGUAUUUAUUCACACGGGUCCCACUGAAUCUCGUGAUAUUUUGGGUUAUAUGGCUAAAAAACUUAUUCAAAGUUGUAAAAUAAGUUCAGGUGGCACCACUUCGAGAAGUCUUGCUAGUCUUGAUUCAAAUUUGAUUACCACUGAGUCAGAAUCUGAAUCUCACACAUUUAACCAAUUUUUGAAGCAACACAUUAGCCUCGCAUUUGCCAAAGGUUUUGACGAUAAUGUUGGACGACAUUCGACUCCUGCACAUUUUGAGAUUCCGAGUAUUCGCACAUUUUUUGAAAUAGCGAAUAAAGUUUAUAAUUUUUUUAUACGAGGGACAAGCAAGGAAUUGACACUUUUGUAUAAUUUAUUAGAUACUGAUGUGAAAUUCAGUAAAAGUAGAUGUAACAAAGUUUUACCCAGAGCUUUACAAACAUAUCAGGAAAAUCUUCCCCAACAUUACACCAGAACUUAUCACGAAACGAAAUUGGCUCAUGCAAUUGCUGUUUUUGAAAUGCACGCACGUGGUCCUUUAUUCGAGGAAUUUAGUGAAAAAUUGCAGGAAGAAUGUGAAAAAUAUUGGAAAGCUGGUCGACAAAUGUGCGAAGUUCUAUCGUUAACGGGCAAUCCUUGUACAAAUCCAAUUCAUAAAGGUGGAAGUGAAGGCGCCGGUGGUGGUGAAUUAUCUGAAUCUCGAGAUGAUAGUGAAUUGCCGAUAAUGGAGCACUGCACUGGUGUUCGUUAUGUUUGCGCUUGUAAUUGUGGCCGUUGUCAGGGUUCGAGAGAAGAUCCUUUUAAUUUGCGACAAGCAAAUUACGAUUUUUUUCAAAUGUUGACAAAACAAUGUGGAUGCUCGCAACUCGAAAGCAUCCAAUUUCCCGUUUUUCAACCAAGUACACAUAACUUCAGAGCGGCACAACUAUUUUCAGCUACAAAUAGAAAAGAUUCUAUAUCACGUGUCGAAUUAUCAACACCUCAAGGUCACACUCAAGUUUGCAGUCUUGGAGUAGAGACAAUGAAUGAUAAUAUAACUGCCUAUGGAAGUGGAGGUCAAUCACCACCGACAAGUGAUCAAAUUGCUGAUGAAACACAAAGACUCAGUAAUAAAACAAGUUUGACUCCAAACGAAAGUCACAAAGUCGUUAUUGAAGUGUCUGAAGAUUCUGAAAGUGCAAAAGAAAAAUCGCUGGUCAGACAACCAUCUACAACGGAAUAUUUACCUGGAAUGUUACACGCUGAAUCACCAGCAGGACUUUUGCCUCAAUUUUCCAGUUGGUCACUCGUAUGUCUUGGUCCCAGUAGUCUUUAUUCUCAUAAUUUGGGCUUGCAACAUCAGGCAGGAAUUUUGUCAAAUUCAGCUUUUCUCUUGCCCUGGGAUGUGACUGUUAGACUAGAACAUCAAAAGGAUAAAGGAUCACUCUGGCCAAUGGUGAAUGAUCAUGGACAACAUGGAUAUUGUCCAAGGGGAAAAAAUUUUCAAAAUUUAAAUACAAUACGAGGACGAAAAUCAAAAGGAGGAAAGGAGUUUGUGGUGAAAAUUUUUGUUGGCGUUGAAUAUGAAUGUCCACGUGGACAUAGAUUUAUGGCUUCAGCGCCUGAUAAAGUUUUAAAAGCAACUGGAAAUGGAAUUGUCAAAGACAGUGGAAAUAAAGUAACAUCGAGUACAGCGGAUAUGCCACUUUAUUUUCCAUGUCCAUGCAGACUAGUAAAACCAUUAAUUGCACAACUUAUGAGAAUACAUGUUGUGACACCAAAGGCACCAGUGCACGUUACUCUAAAUCCAAGAGUUCAACCAGGUCCUUCGCCGUGUCCUAUUUUUGUCACAGGAUGCGAGGAACCAAUAAAACUUUCACAAAGUGCUUACUGGGUUUUGAGACUGCCUUACGUUUAUAUGGGAGAAAAUGGACCUUAUUUAGCACCAAAAGAACCUGUACCAAUAAGUCAUGGGCGAUUAUUAGCCGGAAUGUAUGGAAUCAGCGAGGUUGUUGUAGAAAAAAAAUAACUUUUUUUUUCUAAAAAGUUAUUAUAUAAUCUACCUGGAGAAGAAUGUAUUUAAUUUUGUAAAUACAAAUUAAUUAUAUAACAGAAAACAAA